UCGAGCGUACAUGCAACAGACAUGGUGAACCAACUGAAGAUCUCAGAUGCUCCCAGCGACAGUAGAACCAACCUUCAAGAUGAGGAGAAUCCUGGCUUGGGCUUCUGUGGUUGGCUCCUGAUCAUCGUUUCGGUGAUUUGUACAGUGGCAACCCUCCCUGUCUCCAUAUUCAUGUGUGUAAAGAUUGUGACUGAGUAUCAGCGAGCUGUGAUUUUCAGGCUGGGUCGUAUUGUGGAUAAAAAGCCCAAAGGACCUGGUCUUUUCCUUGUGCUGCCUUGCACGGACACAAUUACAAAAGUUGAUAUGCGAACCGUCUCCUUUGACAUUCCACCACAAGAGAUUCUGACUAAGGACUCAGUCACCGUGUCAGUGGAUGGAGUGGUGUACUUCAGAAUCUACUGUGCAAUCUCUGCUGUUGCGAACGUGUCUGACGCCGCCAAGGCCACUCGGCUAUUGGCACAGACAACGCUGAGGAACGUACUGGGCACCAAGAACCUCGCAGAACUUCUCUCAGACCGUCAGUGCAUCUCUCAAAGCAUGCAGGUAUAUGUAACAGAUGCUAACUAG